CUCCUCGAGACGGACCACGCGUCGAUGCAGCAGGGUCACUUCAAGGAGUGGGUGCGCCAAGUGAAGCACCACGUCGACCAUAGUUUGCUCAGCUUCCUGGGGCAGCGCAAGCGCGAGGUGUCCUUCGCGGUGCCCGCCAAGUGUUCUUUGAUUCCGCCGUUGGCCAUCACUGAUGCUGCCUCUGGCGCAGACCUCAGUUCGUUUCGCGAGGUCAUGGACUACGACAACCUGGUUGCGAGCUUCUCCCGCACCAAGGAGUACGAGGCAGCGGGGGCGGUGUGGAUGUUGGACCCGAUGUGCUCGGACAUCGACGACGUCACCGUCAGCCAGCUCGAGGGUGCCAUGGGCAUGCGGUCGGAGGAGGCGUACUCCCUCUCCUCCAAACACGCGCCCUCGCGGCACCUCUCCUUCGACGCGCCUAUCCCCGCCUUGGUGGUCGACGCCAAGGUCGCCCAGCGGCUUGAGCCUAACAAGCCUGGAGUUUGCUUGACAGAGGCGCUGGCCGCGCUCGCGGGGCGCGCGGCGGUCAUCACGCGGCAUGCUGCUAUGAGCGAGGUGCUCCAGCAGUCCAACGAAGACCGCGUGUGGCAUCUGUUCAAUGCCGCGUUGUCCGUGCCCAUCAGAAAAACGCGCCGCUUGACCAACGCGGAGAACUGUUUCGCCAAACAGGAACCAGUGUCGAAGCUUGAGGCCGCGCUGAAGGCCUACGGCCUCCAGUUCAAAGGAAAAGCGCGCACCGCUGCAACCGCCGCGGCGCUGAAAGGUCUGAGCCCUUUCGUCCUCGACGGAGCCUGCAGUUCGGCUUUCGCGCUGGCCGAAGUGCAUUUUCCAGAGCUUCGCGACCCUGCGCUUCUCGUGAGGAUCGGCUUCGCCUGCUCCACGAGGGCCGGUUCUGACGCCAAGGCCAAGAAAUUGCUCGUUUUCAUCAUGAGCAGUUUCCGUGUGGCCCGCUUGGCGGGCGACGUCCCGAAGGACGAGAAACUGGUCGCGAGCCGGGUCGUCGGGCGCGAUAGGAAGACGCCAGGGAUGCCCCGCGCGCCCCCCAAGAAAAACGAGCUCGUCGAGUACAUCUUCCACGAGGCGUUUCUCGUGAACAAGGAAGUGGGGAACGACGUGGCGGCAUUUAAGACGCCUCUCCACAUCCUCCAGAAGUUCGCUGCCUCUGGCGCGGAUGGACUCGUGGCUUCGCGCCGCGCGUCCGACUCAGGCGGCGGCGCCGACGGGAUGGAGACGUAG